AUUUUACUAGUCUAUUUCAAGCCUGUCGAAUAUUAGUUUAAGGUCUCAGAAGGCCACGUGGUGGUAAAUUUAACCCUGAUCGAUAUAGUUUGAUUUCCUCGCUCGACAACUGAGCAGUGAACACUCUGAAUUCAUAUAGUUCUACUGAGCCGUCGUGUUAAUUGCUUGCACGCAUAGAUUUCGUUUUAGCAAUGGCGUCUAGGGUUGGUCAUAGACCUGAAGGUACAGAUGGUGCGGAUUUUCGUCAUAGAGAACGAGUUUGUACUCAAUACAGCUUGAGCCCGUUAUUGAAACGUCGCAUCAAAUUUGUUUAUUUACUUCACCUAAUGUUGUGGGUGCUCAUGUUCGCUCGCCUGCUACCGGAACUGUGCUUAAGACUUGGAUUCCGAACAAGGCUUAUGGUGGAAAAGUGGCCAUUUCCUCAAGGUGAGUUAUGGGAGUACGUCUGGCUUUUCGGUAGUAUCUUCCCUACCCUAUUCGGAUAUAUCUCAUUACAAAGAAGCCGAGCUGGAUUGAUGCGAGUUUCUCUUACUGGAACUGUCAUUUUCGGUCUUGGCACUGUAGCUGUUGGAUGCUUCACAAACGCAUUCGAGCUGAUGACAUAUUACCAAAGUCGUGUGGCUAAGCACUAUUUCUAUGAAUUUCCCGUUGUCGUCUUGACCUACAUAUUUUUCUCAUUAUGUGUUCAGGUACACGGCUUCUCUGUCUAUUUCGGUUACAAGUUAUACUGUAUCUGGUCUGUUAAGGUGCGCAAAGUACGGUGAUUGUUGUUCUCAGGCUCGUUUGCUUCACGGUGAUCAAUAGAAGCAGAAAGUAUCCCCGCUUUCUGCAUAACUUUUGUUGGGAACUUGACUGUUUUGAAAGGCCGAGUAUAUUUCUUAAAUGAAUGCAGUAGUUUCCAAAUGUUUGUGUACAGUUUCUCAUUAAAAAGUGUUAUUCAGUUUUUGUAAUUAUUCUCACUAACCUUAAACAGUCGUUAUCAACUCUUUCGUAUGUACAUAGCUUUAAUAUAUAUGACAUAUUGCCAGCCUCUGGUCAACAAUCUUGUUUAUUUCGCUACGGCUUAGUUUACAAAUGCCUGGGAAUGUAAAAAAUAUAUUGGCUCCCAUCCGAAGUGCAUUGUAUGACAACAUAUUUAAGUCAUUUAAGUUCAUUUUUGGCGAACGGAUUUGUAGAUUACAACUGUUAGUUACUAGUGUUUAAUUCUACUUUUCAUCGACAUAAUGGAUUAUUGGCUAGCAAGAUUAAUUACUGCUUAGUUGUUCGUACUAUUUCAUUUGUGACUUCAUCCUCUAUGCUUAGUUUGGCAUGAACAUACCUUAGAUAUUUGAAAA